AGCAUUGAAAUAAAGGGAGCCGUCGAACUAGUCUGGCUACUACUCUCUCCCCGGUACGGAAACCGGUUGCUGUCAGAAUACGGCACAACCUAAUUAUUUAAUUUCAAGGGAGACAAAUUUACUUUAAAUUCGGGAGUUCGUAAAGCCUACUACACAGGUGAAGAAGUAGAAAGUUGUGACACGACCAACCUCACAUCAAAGCGGCGCCCGAGAUUAUCGUGCAUUUAUUUGGAGUGCAGUAGCUCUGGAAAACCAGAAAAAUAGUGUGAGGGGGGAAGAGGGAAAAAGAGCAAGACCAUGGCUCAGAUUAAGCUGCAGAAUGUGGAGGACUACUAUGAGAUUGGAGAGGUGCUUGGCAGUGGUCACUUUGGGCAAGUGCGUGCUGUGCUGGAGCGGGCGUCCAAGGUCCACUGGGCGGGGAAGUUCCUGAAGCUGCGUCGGAGUGCCAGUAGCCGCCUGGGCCUGGAGAGGAAGAGUGUGGAGAGGGAGGUGGAGAUACUACAGAGCCUGCAGCACGCCAACGUCAUGGCCCUCAGGGAUGUGUUUGAGAGUCGCGCCGAGGUGGUGCUCAUCGUGGAGCUUAUCAGUGGUGGGGAGCUGUUUGAUUUCAUAGCAGAGAAGGAGAGCCUGUCUGAGGAGGAGGCCAUAGAGUUCUUGAAGCAGAUCCUCAUGGGAGUGGGCUUUAUGCACACUAAGAACAUUGCCCACUUUGACCUCAAGCCAGAGAACAUCAUGCUGGCUGACAAGACGAUGCCACACCCCCACAUCAAGAUCAUUGACUUUGGACUGGCCCAUUGCCUCAAACAGGGGGAGGAGUACAGGAGCCUAUCUGGGACCCCACAGUACAUUGCCCCCGAGGUGAUUAACUAUGAACCCCUGAGCGAGGCAGCCGACAUUUGGAGUAUUGGUGUGAUAACCUACAUAUUGUUGAGUGGUUUGUCCCCCUUUCAAGGAGAUAAUGACGAGGAGACACUAAAGAAUAUCGUGGGGAUGAUCUAUGAGUUUGAAGAGAACUAUUUCACCCAGACCAGCACCAUGGCCAAAGACUUUAUUGAGAAACUGCUGGUCAAAGACCCAAUAGAGAGAAUGACAGCGGAUGAAUGUCUAGUACACCCUUGGAUCAAGCCCCUCACACGCAAACAGGCGGAUAACAGAAGUCGGUCGUCCAUCAACAUGAAAAGCUUCAAGAAGUUCAACGCCAAAAGGAAAUGGAAGAUGUCAUAUAACAUGGUGUGGGCGUGUAACAGAUUAUUUCGCCUGCAGUUGCAGUGUAAAAGCAGGUCCCCGGAGGACCCAGAACUGAGGCAGUGUGAGAGCGACCAGGAGGACACGGAGACCAAGCCUGCUUCUCUCAUUCGCCGCAGACUCAGCAGCAGUUCCUAAAGAAGACCACUGGGGUCACUAACACAGCCUCAGACCACCUCUAUCCAUCCCACCAUGGAGAAAUGGAGAGAAGCCUUUUGUGAGUGCACCAAUCAACAAUAGUCUGAGUUACAGAAUGACUGACUAUGCCAGUAACAAUACGAGUAACGAACCCGUGAUAUGCAGGUGCCUAAAGCCAGUGUUAGUCCACAGAGUUGAAUCUUAAUGUCUCAGACACGGUUCCUGAUCAAACCACUGUAGUUUACCAAACUGCUUCUGUUACACUUCACCCCCAUUUGACCUAGCAUUUACCUGUGCCUUUUAUGCAUUUGCCUGUGCCUUUUAUGCAUUUACCUGUGCCUUUUAUGUAUUUACCUGUGCCUUUUAUGUAUUUACCUGUGCCUUUUAUGCAUUUACCUGUGCCUUUUAUGUAUUUACCUGUGCCUUUUAUGCAUUUACCUGUGCCUUUUAUGCAUUUACCUGUGCCUUUUAUGUAUUUACCUGUGCCUUUUAUGUAUUUACCUGUGCCUUUUAUGUAUUUACCUGUGCCUUUUAUGCAUUUACCUGUGCCUUUUAUGUAUUUGCCUGUGCCUUUUAUGCAUUUACCUGUGCCUUUUAUGUAUUUACCUGUGCCUUUUAUGUAUUUGCCUGUGCCUUUUAUGUAUUUACCUGUGCCUUUUAUGUAUUUGCCUGUGCCUUUUAUGUAUUUACCUGUGCCUUUUAUGUAUUUACCUGUGCCUUUUAUGUAUUUACCUGUGCCUUUUAUGCAUUUACCUGUGCCUUUUAUGUAUUUACCUGUGCCUUUUAUGUAUUUGCCUGUGCCUUUUAUGCAUUUACCUGUGCCUUUUAUGUAUUUACCUGUGCCUUUUAUGUAUUUACCUGUGCCUUUUAUGUAUUUGCCUGUGCCUUUUAUGCAUUUACCUGUGCCUUUUAUGUAUUUGCCUGUGCCUUUUAUGCAUUUACCUGUGCCUUUUAUGUAUUUACCUGUGCCUUUUAUGUAUUUACCUGUGCCUUUUAUGUAUUUGCCUGUGCCUUUUAUGUAUUUACCUGUGCCUUUUAUGUAUUUGCCUGUGCCUUUUAUGCAUUUACCUGUGCCUUUUAUGUAUUUACCUGUGCCUUUUAUGCAUUUACCUGUGCCUUUUAUGUAUUUACCUGUGCCUUUUAUGUAUUUACCUGUGCCUUUUAUGUAUUUACCUGUGCCUUUUAUGUAUUUACCUGUGCCUUUUAUGUAUUUACCUGUGCCUUUUAUGUAUUUGCCUGUGCCUUUUAUGCAUUUACCUGUGCCUUUUAAGUUUGACACAUUUAUUUUCUGAACAUGCCAAAACUUUUGUUUUGGUGCACGGGAUAGAGUUUGUCACACUUAUAGCUAACCUCAAUUGCAUUUAUUAUGCCUUACAAUAUUAUGUGGUUAUUAUUUAGCCUCCGCCACAUGUUCUGAUAUUCUUGACUGCUGUAUGCCUAUCAAAGGUCAAGACUAUUCCAAACUCAUUUUUAUUUGCGUUUGAGACAUUUGCAUUUCAUACAAUUAACUAGAAAAAGUACUUGGUAACUCAAAUGUUAAUUGAGUGUUUCACAUGAAAUUAGGUAACUAUACAAGCCAUACAAUUGGAAAUAGAAGGCCUGUUUUUCUAAUUCUACCUUUAAGUGGAUACAUUAUUUGUGUCAGAAUGUAGAUAAGUUUAUACAGAGCUACUGUACUAUACACAGCUACAACCGUGUUUGAUAGUGUUUGACACUGACAUGUAAUGUAGUCUUCGUGUGUAGGGCCCUUAAAAGCCUUAUCAAACUU